AUGAGGGCUUUGGGGAGCAAGUCACCCAUUCGGAAGGUACGGGGUUUGGAAUCGAAAGUAGAAUCCGACGACAAGUAUGUCCUUUCCCAAACCACCAAAUCAACCUACCGUUCAGCAACUCCCAUGCGAUUAUCUGAGGCAAGGCCUUCAAGUCCGCAGAGACCUUCCAAAGACUACGGUUUCGAGGAGGUCCCAAGCCGAGACCCCGAGAAGAUGGAAAACGAUAGGACCCGCUCCUAA